UUCAGCAGGCGGCUCACAACCAAGAACCGGAUGCAAGCAAAAACCUGUCCUAUCGAACACUGCAGUUGCUGGAGAGAUAUGGCCUUCAGCUGGUUUCUCAUCUCCCUCUGGCUGACGCUGUCCAUCUCAAAUCCUGGGACUGGGGCAUCCCCUACCACUGUGAAUGGAGCUCGGGGACUCUCGGUCUCCUUACCUCCUGAGAUCCCAGUCAAACCGGAUGUGGCUCAGCUUGUGUGGAGACUGUUGUCACCCAGAAAGAAGAUAGUGACAUAUUCAAACAGGAACAGUGAAUAUUACGGACCUGAGGAGUACAAGCAACGGAUAACUCUUCAUCCCGGGACCUUCAGCCUGGAAAUCCGUGAUCUACAGAGAGAGGACACUGGUGAUUAUGAGCUGACUGUUACAGCAAGUUCAGGAGCACAGACUCAGAGAGUAAUCCGACUGCAGGUGGACGAUCCUGUGUCAGGUACAGACAUCAAGGUUCAGUACACUGCCAAGACUUGCAACAUCAUCUUGACCUGCUCUGCAAAUUCCGGCAGUUCCAUCAGCUUCAGGUGGUGGAGGGGAGGAGAGGCUGUGGGAAGUGGCAGCCACUAUCACCUCCAGCAACAUGGAGAGAAGAAAGGGGUCAAAGAAGUCCUGUACAAGUGUGAGGCCUGGAACCCCAUCAGUAAUGAAACAUCAGCAAUCUGGCUGGGAGACAUCUGUGGAAAGACCAAAUCUGAUGAGAUUUCCAUUCGGGAAGUUGCUGUCGGACAUUCAGCUUGGUUAACUCCUGAUAUCCUAAAAGCAGCAAACAUUACUGAGGUUGUGUGGAGAAUCUUAUCGGGCCCAACCAAGAUAGCGGAAUGCGUGAAUGGGAAAUUGACAUAUCGCAAUACUGAAAAGUACAAUCAACGAAUAGCUGUUCAUCCUGCAGACUGUAGUUUACAAAUCCGUGAUGUACAGAAAGAGGACACGGAUGUUUAUGAGAUGAUUGUUACGGAAAGUUCAGGAACACGGACUGUGAAGAAAAUGCUACUGAAAGUGCAACUGAAGGCAUUUAAUCCAGAUCAGAAAUCAUCAUACAAUGGUUGGAGGACUGCUGCUGUGAUCUUCAUCAUGAUCAUCAUUGUUGGUCUGGGUCUGGUUUGUUAUAAACGCUACAUAAAGCCGCAUGAUCUUUGCUCAGAUGGGGACAAAAGUAAACGAAAGAAAUCCGGUACAUCUGACGGCCAAGUGGAGAGCCAGCCUUUGGAAGAUCAAAAGAAGGAGCCUGCAACUAAUGACUUGGAAUAGAACCCAGCUCACAGAUACUUCCUCCAUCGGAACAGCAACAUCCAAACCCAUUCACUGCGAAAUGAUGCCCACUCCCUCCUGGUCCCACAAGCACAGAGGGUGUGUGUAGGGGUCCUCCCCUCCACUGGUACCCCUGCCUUUGUUCAACAAUUCCAAAUUACUUUAUAUACUGUGGGUUCUGCAGUGACUGGUGGUAACCUCACUCCCAAAUCUGGGAUCCUCUCUACUGCACACAGACCUGUGUCCAGUACUCAUCUGCCUGUCCGUCCCUCCUUUUUCUCCCUGCUGCUCAGAUCUAACCCUGGCCACCUUUCCUCCUGAUUCUAGUCCUGAGAAUCUACAACUUUCUUGUCCUCUCUCAGUAUUCUCUCCUGUAUCCCCACCCGAAACCCUACAUCAUUCAUGUUCUCACUUUUUUUCUACCUGGGUGAAGUGCAUAAGACCACAAGACAUUGGCGCAGAAUCAGGCCAUUCAGCCUGUCGAGUCAGCUCCAUUAUUUGAUCAAGUCUGGGCCACUUCCCUCUCAAUCCCUUUCUUCUGCUCCACAAAAUCUUCCAUGCCUGACUUAUCAGGAAUCAAUCAACCUCAGCCUUAAAUACACUCAGCAAUCUGGCCCCCAAAGCUGGCAGAUGUAACAAAUUCCACAGCUGAAGUAACCUCUGGCUAAAGAAAUCCCUCCUCAUCUCCAUUUCAAUUAGACGUCUUUCUAUUUUGACAUUGCAACCUCUGGUUGAAUAUUCUCCCACAAUCAGAAACAUCAUCUCCACAUCCAGGCUAACUGGUAGUUUCAACAUUCAAUAGGGUAAAAUGAGGUCCUCUCUCAUUCUUCUACAUUUCAGUGAGUACUGGCCCAGAGCUACCAAAUGCUGCUCACCUGAUAAGACAUACAAAUCUAGAAUUAUUUUCUGAACAUGCUCUGAACCCUCUCCAAUGUCAGCACAUCUUUUCAGAGAAAAGUGCCUCAAACUGCAAAUGAGGCAUCACCAACCUCAGCACUACAACCUUGUUUUUAUAUUCUAGUUCUCUCAAAAUCAAUGUUAACAUUGCAUCUGCCUUCCUCACCACCGACUUAAACUGCAAGUUAACCUUUAGAGAAUCCUGCACAGGGAAUCACAUGCACCGAGGGUUCUGGCCUGAAACAGCAACUGUACUCUUUUCCAUAGUUGAGUUCCUUGGAUCUCCAGCAUCUGCAGAGUUACUCUUGUUUGUGGUCGUAUUUCCUUUGCACUUUGGAUUUAUGAAUUUUCUACCUGUUUAGAAAAUAGUCUACUGUUUCAUUCCUCCUCCCAAAGUGCAUGACCAUUUAGCUCCCGACACGAUGUUCCACCUGGCACAUCUUUGCCCAAUCUCCUCAUCUGUCCAAGUCUUUUUGCAGCCUCUCUGUCUCUGCAACACCAUCUGCCCCUCUAGCUAUCUUCAAAUCAUCCACAAACUUGUGUACAAAUCCAUCAACUCCAUCACCCAAAUCAUUGAUACACAACGUGAAAAGAAUAAGUCCCAACACCGAACCCUGUGGAACAUAACGUCAGCAGCAACCAAUCAGAAAUGUUCCCUGUAUUCCUGCUUUACGUCUCCUUCUAAUUAUCCAAUGAUCUUCCAAUCCUAUGUCACCUCUUUCCAAGGAUAUGAUUUAAUUUUAUCAACAGGGACUUGCUACACCCUCUGUCUACCUGCCUGUCAUUUCAAUACAAUGUGUAUUCAUGGAUAUUAAGCUCUCAACAAUAAUUUUAUUUCCCAUGGCCCAGUGAUGCCCACAACAUCAUACCUGUCAAUCUCUAACUGUGCUACAAGACCAUCUAUCUUAUUUUGCAUGCAGCGUGCAUUCAAAUAUAACACCUUCAGUUAGCAGUUUUCCCUUCGAUAAACUUGUCAGCCCCAGCUGAUCAGUCACACUGAGCUUCACAAUGUACUGCAGCACCCACACUGUAACUUCCUGUUCCCAUCCCACAAUCGCUCCCGGGACAUCCCUCCCAAUUCUCAUUGACUGAUUAACCAUUGACAUCGUGAACGAUGGAGUUGGGGGUGGAGCCUGUGCAAAACCCAGGGUGACGGAUGCAGUGAAGGGUCCUGUGAAGCCUCUCUCAAGAUUCUGGGUCUGUGGAUGGCCACACAUUGCAAGUGGUUUAUUGUUAAUAUUGUGCACUCCCUGCCAACAUGAACUGGUGAAAGUUUCACCAGUGAAAUCACGCUCAGUCUUUCAGCCAGAGAGCCUGGUGAUGGGUAUUGGGCAAAGGGCACAUUUUUAAGCUGUGCAUUGUCAGAGUUAAUGGUUUGUCCAGCAUCUGUGGUGAGUUAAUGUUUCAGGUUACACAUUUCUCUCUCCACUGAUGCUGCCUGACCUGUCUCGGGCUUCCAGCAUUUCCUGAUUUUGCCAAAGAUCUCCAGCUUGUACAAUUGUUCUAAAUUUACUGCUUCCGAAUGUGUACUUCAUAAUAAAUUUUUAUACUGUUUUUUUCCCAAAACCGUUCUGUUGUUGGAUGUUGUUGGGCUGCAACAGGUUUACUAAGAUAUGGAUGGGUGCAGGGGCCAGAAUGUGUUACAGAGAGAUGGAUGGGUGGAAGGACUGGAGGGGUUUACGGAGAGAUAGGUGGGUGGAAGGACUGGAGGGGUUUACAGAGAGAUGGAUGGGUGGAAGGACUGUAAGGGUUUACGGAGAGAUGGAU